UCUGGAAUCACAGCAAGGGUUUAGUUCAAAUUUACAGUGAUUGGUUUUUACUUACAACAGUGUAGGUAAUUUGUAAAUUUUCGGUGAAAUGGAAUUGGAGCGUGAAUUGCCCACGGACGAUGCCUCUAUGGAGUUGGAUGGGGCCGAACCGUGGGGCGAGGUCAGAUCGUCGGACAGCCUGCUCACUCUGAAGCGGAGUUGGAGCCAGGAGACGGUGACACCAUCCGGCGACGAGAUGCAUGUUCCACCCGAACUCAGCUUGGACGAUAUUCACCUUGGUCUGCUGGUAGAGAAGGGUUUAAUCGAGUACGACUCACUGGACCAGACCUCCGACGAGGACGAGGCAGGGGACUAUUCAAGGCUUUUGUCCAGGUCGACGGACCGCGGGGGAAUCGCGGAAAUAGUCAAGGAAAUGCGAAACGAGUUCAUGGUCAAGUUGAGCUCCAAGGCCAAAAGCUUUAAGGAAAUCCUGAUUAAGAGGGGUAUGAUGGAGCAGGAGGAAGACGCUCCUGUCCAUAAGCAUGAAACCCAGCUUGAGGAUGAAGCUAGGACUGAAGAUGAGUCAGAGAGGCCUACAUUUACAUACAGUGCUGGCAAAGAGGCAAGGGAAGCACCAAGUGAAGAGGUCAAUCGGAGCGAUGAGAUCACCCAGCUCACCAACGAAAUAAAUCAGUUCACUUCUGGCAUGGACGGGGAUUCGGAUAGCGCGGACUGGGUUCAUUUCCGGGCCAACCUGCUGAAAAUUCAUAAGUACUAUGUGAGCGUCCGUGAGCCGGAAAAAAAUGAGCCUGCGUGUGCAGCCGAUAUACACUCCGUAGUCCAAGCAGCCAGCAUGAGCGAGCCUUUGCAAGACAUCAGAAGUCGGGCCAAGAGCCUCCGAAGAAACAUCCGAGGUCUCGAAUGCAAGAUGCUCACCCUGGACCACUCCUUCGAGGACUUCUGCGACAAAUUCAACCGCAGCUUGAUCAGCAAGGAGCGAGUGGAGCGGGACAUGGUGGUGCUUGCAAUGAUGCGCGACGGAAUCGGUCGGCGGCUGAGCCAGAUGGAAGUGGAGUUCCGCAGGGCCAGGGAGGAUUUGUUCAGUCGGGGCAGAAAUCCAGACUAUCAAAACCACCUCGUCCUCCCCGCCCACAAAUACAUUGAUUGGGAAGCAUGACUGUGUUGGGUGUCGUUAGAGUGAGCCCUUGUUCGUAUAAGCUAAUCGCGUUUUAAAAAUCUUUGAGAAUGUUGCUAACUUAUACUUCUGAAUACACAUUUUCUUCCAACCAUCGUACAAAAACCA